UACAAUUUCGGUUAAGUCCAACUUUAUUAUUAACUAAUUAAUAAUUUCUUCACAUUUCAUUUUAUUAAUAUUUAAUGUAAAAUAGUUUACUCUUAAAAAUGACUGAAGACAAUACAAUUGAUGUUAUUAAUAACUUUAACCAUCUAAUUACUGAAGAAAAAAACAAACAUACUGUUUAUUGUACAAAAUGCCCGUCUAAGAUUUUGUCAUCUACAAUGGGAAAGUAUUUGAGAAUCGAAUUCAAUCUUCCACACAUGUCUCAGAAAAAAAAUUGUGAGGCCGUCGAAUGCGAAUUGUUGACAGAUUACUGGAUGGUUCCAGAUAUGUAUAUUUUUGAUAAUAUUGGAUUUUCAAAGACUGUAGAAUCGGGCAUUAAAUAUCUUAUAUGUGCUGACUGUGAAAUUGGACCAAUUGGAUGGUAUGAUGACAAUACUAAGCAAUCUUAUGUAGCCCUGUCCAGAGUCAAACAUGAAGAAAAUUCAUGAUAUUUUAUCAAAUUGUAAAUACUUAAAACAUUCUAAUUUUAUUUUAAUAUUUAUACAUUAAUAGGAAUAUCUAAAAAUAUUAAAAAACUAUAUUUUUAAAUGUAUUAUAUUAAUUAUUUAUUAAAUAACAUUCAUGUAAUAUAUUUUAA